AUGAACCACGCGGAGUCGAGGGCAAAUUUCGCCGAAACAUUCAUGCGUCCCUCGAUCAUUCACCAGCGGAGCCUUUUUGGGAUCGUAACUGCACCCAAAGUUUUGAUUCUAAGUCGAUCUCUCCCCCAGAAUACCGCAAACCACGCCAUUACUCGUCAAUCUUAUCGGUAUUUUUGGCGCGACCCAUCUGCACCUCGUACAGAGCUAUCAGAGGUCUUUCAGCGGAUACAAUGGCCGACAACAAAGGAACAGGAGGCCCAGGUGGUGGAAGGCGUAAGAACCGCGAUAUGGGGCGAUCUGAAUGGAGCGAUAGACAAGCGCCAGCGUCAUGAAGAUAAGGCCGAAGCCAAGCGUCGCAAGAUUGAGAAUGGUGAAGAGGUAACCCUUCCGAUCUACGCGACACAAUUCUCCAAGGAGGAGAUCGACAACGAAGAGCGCCGACCCAAAAAGAAGGUCGCGCUUCUAAUGGGGUACUCAGGGACUGGAUACUCUGGGAUGCAGUUGAACGAGCAACAACGCACCAUUGAGGGCGAUCUAUUCACGGCCCUCGUCAACGUCGGCGCGGUCUCCAAAGCGAAUGCGGCGGAUCCCAAGAAAUCUUCUUUCGUCCGUUGUGCCCGCACAGAUAAAGGUGUCCACGCAGCGGGCAAUGUUGUGUCGCUAAAAAUGAUCGUUGAAGACGAGGAUAUUAUCCAGAAAAUCAACGCCCAACUCAACCCUCAAAUCCGUGUCUGGGGUUACGAAAUCACCAGCAAAAGUUUCAGCUGUUACCAGAUGUGCGAUUCCCGAGUUUACGAAUAUUUGAUGCCAAGUCACUGUCUCCUACCGCCUCACUCAAGCACCUAUCUUGGAAAGAAGAUCGUCGAGCUUGCCGACAAGGCAGGCGAGCUGGAUGCCGUCACAGCCCGACAGGAAGAGGUCGCAAGCUAUUGGGAUGAUGUUGAUGUGAAAUACAUCAAGCCUAUCUUGGAAACUCUUCCGGAAGACAUCCGCAGUAUUGUCGAAAAGUCCCUCUACCAGGAGGAGUCCUCCCGCGACGCACUCCAACCCGCAGAACAGAAGGAGGUCUCCUCGGCACCAGCUGAGGAAGCCACUCAGAAGGAGACCAGCGAACAGCCUGCAACUGAACAACCCGCAGCUGAACAACCAGCCGAAGUAGAGGCCAAGCCAUUCGUCAUGGACCCCCGGCAAAAGGCUAUCAACGACGCCAUCAAGGCCAUCAAAGCGGCAUACCUGACCGCGAAACGAGCCUACCGCGCACCGGCUUCACGCAUCGCCCGCCUACAGGAAUGUCUCAACCGCUAUGAAGGCACCAAGAACUUCCAUAACUACACAAUCCAGAAGACGUACAAGGACCCCUCAGCGAAACGACACAUCAAGUCAUUUAAGGUCAACACCACACCGAUUAUCAUCGAUGGCACGGAGUGGCUCAGCCUGAAGGUCCAUGGGCAGAGUUUCAUGAUGCAUCAGAUCCGCAAGAUGGUCGCCAUGGCUGCGAUGGUUGUCCGUUCGGGCUGCCAUCCAGAUCGGAUCACUGAGACCUAUGGCCCCGAGCGCAUUGCUAUCCCCAAAGCGCCUGGUUUGGGCCUCUUGCUUGAGCGGCCCAUUUUUGACGCUUACAAUAACAAGGCACAGGGUCUUGAUCGUCAGCCGAUCAAUUUCCAGAAGUUUGAGGCAGAGAUGAAUGAGUUCAAGCAGCGGGAAAUCUAUGAUCGGAUUUUCAGGGAGGAGGAAGAAAGUGCUGGCUUUGGUUCUUUCUUCAACCACAUCGAUCACUUCCCCGCGGGUUACUUCCUCUAUGUUACUUCUGGUGGUAUCCCAGCGGCUAAGCUCGCAACUGCGCCUACCGCUGCUGACCCCGGCAGCCCCAAAACUGGUAAAAAGACCCGGGGCGCUCCCAGGGCUCAGCGAGAUGCGCUUGCUGCCGUGGAAGUCGAAUCAGAAGAUGAAGGCGAUGCUCCAGCUGGCGGAGAGGAAGAGGGUUGA